UGAUAUUUAAGCCAUCUGGAGGAACUAUUAAUAUGUUUACUCCUCCAAAGUACAAGUUAAUCACUCACUCCUUACACCAGAGAAAAAUGCUUACUGAAGUGCCGCAUGCAAUUCUGGGAGAAAACAAUUACACAAGCUGGGCGGUAUGUAUGAAAAACUACUUGACAGGGAAAGGUCUGUGGCAGCUUGUUGAUGGCAGUGAGCCUAAACCAAACCAAGCUAGUGACCCUGGCGCGCUCAAGACAUGGGAAAAACAUAAUGCAAAGGCCUUACAUGCCAUUCAAAUUUCUUGUUCCUCAGUAAUGUUAUCCUACAUCAUCAUGGAGACCACCGCAAAAGCCGCUUGGGAUCGUUUGGCCUCCAUUCAUCGUUGGCAUGAUCACAUGGUUGCCUCCCAAGCUGAACACCCACCGGGUAAACAAGGCACUUCCGAAGAUGCCAAAAUUCCCUAUAUGGCUAUAUACAAUGCUGCUGUAGAGGGAGCCAAGGGAAGAAUCGAAGAGUUUUUUAGACUUUACCCAGAUGCAAUGAGAGCUCGAAUAUCACCAGACGGCGGAACGGCUCUCCAUACUGCUGCUUUGCACAGGCACGACGACCUUGUCAAAUUGCUAGUGCGAUCUAUGCGUCAAGAGGACUUGGAACUACUAACAACUCGUGGCGCAACAGCGCUUCACAUUGCAGCAACGGGGAAGUCGGCUGAGAUGGCGAAGGCCAUGGUCGAAAAGAACAACAAGUUAUUGCGUUUAAAAGAUGUUGAUGGUCAUAUCCCAGUUUGCAUUGCUGCUCUUUAUGGUGAUAAACACAUGCUCAAGUAUUUGUACUCGGAGACUUCUGCCGGGGAACUAAAUCCUGAAACGAGCAACAGUGGCGCCACACUUCUGUCCAUUUCGAUCAGUGUAGAGAAUUACAGUUUUGCCUUGAUACUGCUUGAACGUUUUCCGAAAUUAGCCAUUACCAGGGAUGUGAAGGGGAGAAUUUGUUUGAAUGUGUUGGCCCAGAAACGUUUAUCAUUUCCGAGCGGGAGUCAGCUUUCAAGAUGGCAAAGAUGGAUAUAUAAACGCCUCCCUGAUGAAACUGGAGUAACUAAUCUUUAUGAUGAAGGCAGCACAAAUUACAAUGGUGGAACAUUAAUAGAUAUUGAAGCAGAUAGCGAUGAGCCUGGAAAGGGUUCUUUCAUUGCCAAUUUAGCUCUACGUUGGAAGAAAAGACUUAAGGAGGCUGCAUAUCAGCUACCGGGAAUCAAUUACAUAUAUCAACUCAAACUGAAACAUCAUCAAGCCACACAGAUACUCAGCUGUAUAUGCAAAGAGCUUGCGAAGUUGAAUUCUACCCAACAUUUGCAAUCUCUAGUGAUGCCUUCGAUGUUUCAAGCCACUGAAUCUGGGAAUCUUGAGUUUGUCACUGAGAUGAUUAGAUUCGAUCCUGCUUUACUAUGGUCCCGUACAGAAUUGGGUGGCAUAUUCCAUUCAGCAGUUGCACAACGCCAAGAGAAAAUAUGGAACCUCAUAUAUGAGACAGAAGAUAAGAGAGACGUCGCAUCUAUAGAAGACAAUUUCGAUAAUAACAUAUUGCAUAUUGCAGGAAUGCUGGCAUCUGUCUCUAGUGUCACCAAAAUCCCUGGUCCGGCUAUGCAAAUGCAGAGGGAACUGCAAUGGUUUAAGGAAGUAGAGAAAUUAGUGCGGCCCAUGUUGAGAGAACAGCAAAACAGAGAAGGGAAAACACCACGAGCAUUGUUCAGUGAGCAACACAAGGCCCUGGCGAAUGAAGGCAAAAAGUGGAUGAAAGACACGGCCGCAUCCUGUCUCCUGGUAGCAACUCUCAUAGAUACGGUUAUGUUUGAAGCUGCAAUUCAUAUUCCAGGAGGAAGUAAACAAUCGGGAGAUCCAUUUUUAGAAGGCACAUAUUACUUCCAAAUAUAUGCAACAUCUGAUGCAAUAUCUUUCACCUCUGCAACCGUCUCCAUCUUAAUGUUCCUGAGCAUACUUACUUCGCGCUAUGCUGAAGAAGAUUUCCUGCAGUCAUUGCCGAGAAAAUUGGCAAUUGGUUUGAUGUCCCUUUUCAUGUCCAUUGUGACCAUGAUGGUAACUUUUGGCUGCACUCUCUUCAUUAACUUGAGAGAACGUGUGGAAGAAGGUUUCCCAUUUUUUCCACCCAUGAUUAUCAUUGUUGCUCUGCCGACAACAUUUUUUGCUCUAUUGCAUCUUCGUCUCUUCACUGAGGUAAUGAAAUCCACAUUCGGAGCUCCCCUUUUCAAUCCCCAUCCUCAUAAGAAGCUUUUGAAGAAAGCAAGUUUGGUUCCCAAACUCUCCAACUUACACCUUGAAAGUUUCCCAUCUUCCUGAGUGUUACUGUUGUUAAGCUUCAAUGUCUGUUUCUGAUUUAUUUUGUUAUGAGGCAAUUAUGUACUUUGUGUUAAGAAAACAUAUUAUGGUUAUAGUUGUGACUUA